AUGAUCCGUCUGCCAGACGGCACAAAUUUGGAUGGAACUGCGGCGACCUGGGUUCCAGAAUUGCGUGGGGGAGAAAGGCUACUGCAUCCACACUGGAUCUACGCGUCAUUAGAGGAGCUCAGUGAAGGCCUGAAAUACAAAGUACUGGACACCGUGACACUCUACACAACACAGAAGCGACCAAACAUGGAUGGGAUCGGAUUGACAGGCACUGGGUACCAAAGCUACCGUCGAAAAUCUCCAUACGGGACUCUACGAAACGAUUAA